AUGGAUGCGUCACUUGAUAGUGCGCGUCCAGAGCCCCAAGCAUGGUGUCGUUUGGGAGCGGAAUGCCCGUUCAUCCAUGUCAGUCCUAUCAGUGGCCAGAGCCAGACAAGCGCCGCUGACCAGCCGUCAGAAUCCCUGUCAGCAGUGGACAAAAGUACAGAUUCCGAUGGUGGCGUGGCUCUUGAUAUGCAGAAACUGAAAGUCAGCGAACAACAGCCGACACAGAAAUCUGCUUCACAUGCCGCACAGUCCUCAAAAUCAGUCUCAAGACCAACCUCUAGACCAAUAUCCAAGUUAGAGCAAAAAGACCCGAGAGAGUUCCAAAUCAACCAGCUGAGACGUCGGUUCAGCCCGUCAGAAAUUACGGAUGACAGUGAAACCGCUCUCACUUUUGGACUGCCUCCCUCGGAUCCAGACUUCCCAUUUGAAUUGGACGCAUUGCAAUGCGUGCUUCGCGUGCCCCUGUCAUAUCCCAUCAAAGGACGCCCUUCACUGACUGUGACCAACCUUGAGAUGGAACAUGUGUAUCAGGCAAAUGUGGCGCGGGGGUUUGAUGAUAUCGUUGAUUUUACUUUGCGCACCAAUGGCCAGGGAAAUUUGCUCAGUUGGUUGAAUAGUCUUGACAAGCAGCUAGAGAAGCUUCUUACGACGCUAGAACGGGGCCCUAAACUCACGUUUGUCGCUAAUUCUGGAGGCAACGUGAUGGGCAAGGAGCCAGAACGGAACAGAAAUGAAAAGCAGAUUCAGUCUCAGUCCGCUACUGUUCCAAAUACUGCCGUGUCAAAACCAGCUCCGAAGAAGCUAUCCCAACACUCCUUCAUCAUUCCAAUCCAGUCUAAUAAACCAGAUCGUAUUCCUAGAUCGCUUCAAACCGUGAAAACGGUGAAGCUUCUAAUUCCUCCACUCUAUCCACUGGAGCACAGCUCAAUCCAGAUUCAAGGUAACGACAGCCCAGAAGCAAGAUCCGCGGAGACUGGAUUUACACAAUGGGUGCAAAAGAACGCACAGUUGAACUUGGUCUCUCAGAUCAAUUACUUGGCGAGCAACAUCCACAAUUUCGCCAAAACACUUCUUCCGGAGAUUGCCGAAUAUUCGCAGCAUGAACACGUUCCAUCAAAGACAGAAACGUCCGCGAUUGAACCAGAGCAGCAGGAAACGGACUCGAAUGUCACUAUGGAAGAUCGGCCACAUGUGCAGGUGAUUCCCCGCCCGCCAGAGUGGUCUAUGACUGAGCGCGAAAGCGACAGCGAGAUCACAGAGGAAUCAAGCUAUGACGAAGAGUCCAAUAACGAGGGCGACGAUGAAAAUCUCGAAGGUGGUGUCCCUCUGCCAGCGAUUAUCGAUUCUCCCGGACGAGGUGUUGCCCUUUCAUUCCCUUUCUUAGAGCUUUAUGGGAUAGAAUUGCUAGAACUUACUCACAUUUCAAUCACGGUAAAGUGUGAUAGAUGCAAGGAGACGAUGGAUAUCAAAAACGUCCCACAAAUAGCAGAUCCAAAGAUCUCGCCCAAAACCGAAUCAUGCAGGAAAUGCGCUAAAAACAUGACUCUUGGCUUCCGAAGACAAUUAAUGCAUUCUCAUGCUAAUCGUGCUGGGUAUCUGGACCUAGACGGCUGUACAAUCGUGGAUCUUCUUCCGAGCAACUUUAUUCCAACAUGCUCAGAGUGUUCAACUGCGUACCAUGCCCCGGGAGUAUGCGCUGUUCGUGGAGAAAGCGCCAUGGCUAUUUGUCGUCAUUGUCACCGAAAAAUGGUUCUCAAGAUUCCUGAGGUGAAAUUCCUGGCCGUGGGAAGUGCAGGAAUCUCUUCUCGCGCGGGUCUUGCCUUGAAGAAGAAGCCCAAGGAAGCCCUUGGUAUUGUCGCUGGUCAAGAACUUCCUCGUCGAGGUCGCUGCCAGCAUUAUAGCAAAAGUUACCGCUGGUUUCGAUUCAGCUGUUGCUCGAAGGUGUUUCCGUGUGACAGAUGCCACGAUGCGGAAUCUGAUCACCCGAAUGAACACGCAAACCGCAUAAUCUGUGGGUUCUGCUCUCGAGAACAAAUCUACAGACCGGAGAACUGCGGAAUCUGUAAGGCUGUUCUAAUCGGUAAGAAAGGAAGUGGGUUCUGGGAGGGUGGAAAGGGAACUCGGAAUAAGGCUCUGAUGAGUCGAAAAGAUCCUCGCAAAUUCAAACGAGUCGGAGGGAGUGUGGUUGGUAGUUCUACCUCCAAAAGAAAGUAA